AUGUCGGCAACCGUAGAGCCAGUUGUCCUCCAGUCUCUCGAGGUUCUCGCCGGGGCGGUUCGUGCCAUGACCGCCGUAGGCGCAGACUCUUCACAAGGUAAUACAUCCAUCACAAAUGCCCUCGCUCGACCCCAUCAUGGUUCUCUCUGUCGUAUCUGCCAUCUGCCCGGUCACCACAGCGACCACAUCUCGCAGGCGGACGCCUGCCUCACCGAGAUCCUCAAGCUUUUCGAGUUCUGGGACGAAAUGAAGACCCAUAUCCUCUUCCUGUACAGCUUCCACGACCCCUUCAAGGCGGCAAUCGACGAGCAGGAGCCGACCUACGAGAUGCGGUUAAAUUCGUCCCCACUACGGGGACAGACCUUCGAGCAGAUUUACGUGAAUCGCCUCACGAGCAAUUACCUGAAGUUCCAAGCGCACUUCGCGAGAAUCCGCGCGAAGGCCGUCUACCUCAUGAGCGCCAAAGAGGCCGAAUACUAUGGGGCGGUUGUGGAGGACCUCAAUGACGUUUUGCUCAAGGGAAAGACGCUGUCGCUGCUUUUCGAGCAGAGUGUCGUCGCUGCAGAUUUACUAAAACAGAUGGGCUGGCAGAAACGCACAGUGAUUGACGGAAUGGGUGGUGCAGUUUCUGGAGGGAUGGGAGCACUGAUAGCUCCAUAA